AUACAUUAUAAGACUGGUGAGAAGAAGUAUAUUUUACAUCCGAGAGGGGCUCAAAUUGGAGAUACCAUUGUUUCUGGUACAAAUGUUUCAAUCAAAAUUGGAAAUGCCCUACCUUUGACCGAAAUCCCCUUAGGCACGACUAUACAUAACCUAGAAAUUACACGUGGAAGGGGUGGACAAUUAGCUCGAGCAGCGGGUGCAAUGGCGAAACUGAUUGCAAAAGAGGGUAAAUCAGCUACAUUAAAAUUACCUUCUGGCGAGGUCCGUUUUAUAUCCCAAAACUGCUCCGCAACAAUAGGACAAGUCGGGAAUGUUGGGUUCAACCAAAAAAAUUUGGGUAGAGCUGGAGCUAAACGAUGGCUAGGUAAGCGUCCUGUAGUCAGAGGAGUAGUUAUGAACCCCGUAGACCAUCCACACGGGGGCGGUGAGGGUAGAGCUCCUAUUGGGAGAAAAAAACCUACAACCCCUUGGGGUUAUCCCGCACUUGGAAGAAAAACUAGAAAGAGGAAUAAAUAUAGUGAGAAGCUCAUUCUUCGUCACCGCAGUUAAUAUAAUAGUAUAAUAUAGUUAAUAGAGUGAAUAUACUUAAUGUAAUAUAUAUAGUAUAUAAAAUUAAUAUAAUAGAACAAAUUAAAUUUAUUCAUUCAAUUAUAUGAAAAAUAAAAAAAUAAAAGAAUAAUAAAAUUUAUAGGAGUAAACUGUGGCACGUUCACUAAAAAAAAAUCCCUUUGUAGCUCAUAAAUUAUUAAAAAAAAUUGAGAAACUUAACACAAAGGGAGAAAAAGAAAUAAUAAUAACUUGGUCCCGGGGAUCUACUAUUAUUCCAAUAAUGAUUGGUCAUACUAUUGCCAUUCAUAAUGGGAAAGAGCAUCUCCCUAUUUAUAUAAUGGAUGAUAUGGUCGGACACAAAUUGGGAG